UUGUCCAAUCCUCGUCAUCACACAAGGAUGCGUGUGGCGCCUCGGAGGUGCUGCCUCAGAGUCCUUUGGCCCGUCUUUGGAGCGUGAAGACCGCUUGCAUGUCAGCAUGUAUCGGCUGGUUCCAGCACUUCGCAGGCCAGCUUGGCGCUGGUUUCAGGCUGCUCAAGCACUUGCCAAUGGGGACCCUUUGAUUGCCAACGCAUUGACAGCAGAUGAACAGCAGUGGAGCCUGGCAAGAGGGCUCCAUUCUAGGGUUGAUUCUGGAGACAGGAUGCAUCCUUCUAGCACAGAGGAACGAGCGGCGCCACCGAAAAUGAGCAAUGGCCGCAUGGCACAUUCUUCUGUUGCAAGCUCGCCCUUGAAUGUGGGCACAAUAAACCCCAAGGUCGUUGAUUGUGAUUACGCCGUUCGAGGGCCUCUGGUGACACGAGCGGAGGAACUAGACAAGCAGCUCAAGAAAGACCCCAGCUCGGUAGCGUUCGACGAGGUCGUAUACUGCAACAUCGGCAAUCCUCAGUCGCUGGGCCAGCACGCGGUGACCUUCUUCAGAGAGGUGCUGGCGUUGCUUGACCACCCAUCCCUCCUCGACAACCCUUCUGCGCAGCAGCUCUUCAGCUCUGAUGCACUCCAGCGGGCAGGCCGCCUUCUUAAGGCCAUCCCUCAUCACAGCAUCGGGGCCUAUUCUCACUCCCAGGGCGUGCCCUCCCUUCGUCAAGAAAUUGCUGAUGGGAUUGCCGCUAGGGACGGCCACCCCGCCUCUGCAGCCGACAUCUUUUGCACCGACGGGGCCAGUCCAGCAGUGCACAUGAUGAUGAACCUGCUGCUGCGCUCGGAAGCAGACGGCGUUCUGGUGCCCAUCCCCCAGUACCCGCUCUACUCUGCCUCGGUCUGCCUGCAUGGGGGCACGCUCGUGCCGUAUUAUUUGGACGAGACGGCGGACUGGGGCCUCUCGAUGUCCGAGCUGGAGCGCCAGCUGGCGGAGGCGCGGGGGCGGGGCACGGGGGUGCGCGCGCUGGUGGUGAUCAACCCGGGAAACCCUACCGGGCAGGUGCUGUCGCGGCAGAACCAGGAGGAGGUCGUGCGCUUCUGCGCUCGUGAGGGCCUCGUUCUCCUGGCGGACGAGGUGUACCAAGAAAACGUGUACGCCGAGGGCAAGCAGUUUGUCUCCUUCAAAAAGGUGGCGCGAGAGCUCGGGUUCGGCCCCAAGGACCUCGCCCUCAUCUCCUUCCACAGCGCAUCAAAAGGGUACUAUGGAGAGUGCGGGCGGCGAGGGGGUUACAUGGAGGUGACGGGGAUCCCCCCCGAAGUGGUGGAGCAGCUGUAUAAGGUGGCCAGCGUCAACCUGUGCAGCAACAUCGCGGGCCAGGCGCUCAUGGGCCUCAUUCUAAAUCCCCCCAAGGAGGGGGAUGAGUCCUAUCCCCUCUUCGUAAAGGAGCGGGGCGCCAUCCUGGACUCGCUCAAAAAGCGCGCGAAGAUCCUGGGCGACGCCAUGAACCAGCUCGAGGGCGUGUCAUGCAACCCGACCGAGGGUGCCAUGUACGUAUUCCCAAAGCUCGAGCUGCCGCGGCGAGCGCUCGAGGCGGCAGAAAAGGCGGGGGUCCCCGGGGACAGCUUCUACUGCCGACAGCUGCUCGAGAAAACCGGUAUUGUGGUCGUUCCGGGGACGGGCUUUCACCAGGCGCCUGGAACGCUGCACUUUCGGUGUACAAUCCUCCCGCCGCUCGACCAGAUCGAAAGGGUCGCGGAGCGGCUUGCCAAAUUCCACGCGGGGUUCAUGGAUGAGUAUCGGGAUUGAGAGCAGUGAAAGCAGCGGAAGAACUUAAAAAGGCUUGCGGGGAUUCAAGUUCAGGUGUAACCAGGUGUGAAGGUCAUUUCGAGGCUACAGCACACCCGUCUAAACGGGCAGGUUGGUGGGAUGUGGUGCAAACCCGUGUCACGGUGUACAAGUACCAUGAGAAUGUCGGUGCGGAAACAUCUUGUUCCGAGAGCGUCCGCCGCCCGUCUUUCAAGCCCAAUGGGCGUCUUACUCGCCUCAAACGGAUUUGACCCGGCCACCCGGCCACUGCAAGAUGUGCGAGGAACUUUUACAAGUAUCUGUAUUUCUGACAUCAUUCCGACAAUGGAAAGCCGAUGAAGUAGCUGGUGGCAAACUGCACUGACUGUUUGGCAUUACAAACAAGCCGCCCGGCACACCCUUAAAGGAAGGUGCAG